UAGAUCUACCGCUGAGGAUGAACGACAACGAUGAGCAAUGAGGAAUGUGGGGCAAAAUCUUCUGUUCGUGAGACACAAUAAUGUCGUUGUGAUUGAGAAAGGGAAGAUUGCACAAUUUUUAAAAAGGCACGGCGGACUUUGCUAUGUCGUUUAACCUAAGGACGAACUUAGUAAUGGACGUGGAAGGCAUCCCAUUACCUGGAGCCAAGGGGUCCAUAGAAACCUCUGCUGUGGAAGAAAUACCUUUACCCAAAAAUACCAGUGCACCACAGGAAUCCCACAAGCAAAAAACCAGGCCAAUCAAACUGAUACGUAAAAAGCUGGAGGAACUUCAACAGAAAAAGAAUUCCACUUCAGUGUCCACAUCAGUGGUACCAACAACCACUUCGGUUCCAACCCCGGCAGUAAUGACAGAGAUUUCACAGAAGCCUGCCCUCCCCAUAUCUGUUCAUGUGAAAACUAAGUUGAAUGAGGAGGCCAAUACAAAUGAUGCAGAGGAUAAAACGGAGAGCAGUAGAUUGGAAAAAUUGGAAAGAGAGAGACAAAUGAAAGCAGAACAAGCCAAAGUUGUGGAUGACUUAUUCAAGGAGUUCCUGACUAAAAAAAUGCUGGAGAUAGAACAAGAGAAAACAAGAGACAGGGAAGGGAAUAGGCAAAUAGAGGAAGAGAGCAAAGAUAAAAAGAAGAGUAAAAAGGGAAAACAUAAACACAAAGAUAAGAAAAAAGAAAGAGAAUCAUCAAGCGAGAAAUAUCAGACUAGCAAGCAUGAUGAGAAAGGAAAGAAAAGAAAGCACAGAGAUAAAAGUGAAGAUAGACCAGAAAUUGACGGUCGUAGAGACAGUGGACGAAAGGAACAUUACAGAAAAAGUAAAAAGAGUAAAGAUUCACAAAUGUCAGAAGAUGAUGAAAGAAACUUUUCCCAUGAAGAUAAAAGUAAAAAGAGCAGGACCAACGAGAAUACAAAAUCUGAAAGUGAAUCUAGGAACUAUGAGAAAGAAACAGUUCAGAGUAGAAAAUCAGAUGUUUUAGGGCUACAUUUUUCUGAGGAUGGGAAAAGGGCUCAAAUAGAUGACAUUACUUGUACUGUUGGUCAAAACAAUGACGAGCGUUUUGUACAAGUUACACAAGAUGUUUCAAAAGGAAAUGAAAACAUUGAUAUAGAUCCUAUGGAGCCUGUUGAAGGAGAAGAAAAUUUUGUCCCACCUAACAGAGAACCCAAACAGGAAGCAGAAGAAGAUCAACAGGAGACUAAGACAGAAAUACUACCUCAAGAGCCCAAGAAAAAACUUGGUAUUGCUUUAAAGAUCUCAGACUCUAGUUCUGCCUUCAUCAAGUCUGGAGAAAAAUGGAUGGAUGAGGAAACGAGGAAAAAUUCGGAAGAGGGACAGCUGUCUGACUCUGAGAAGUCUGAAGAAAAAUCAUCCGAUGAUGAUUUUGAUUUUUUGUCAGAUUCUCUUGGAGAAGCAGAUUCAAACAAUGACGGAUCAUUAGAAGAAGGAGAGAUUGAUACUGAGGGAGCAAAGUCAAAGAGCAAAAAGAAAAAGAAAAAACAUAAGAAGAAAAAGAAGAAGAAAAACAAGAAUAAGGAAAAAGGAAAAGAAGACAAGCCUUUAUCUAGGUCUAGAUCAAGAACCCCUAAAAGUGGCCGGUCACCUAGGUCCAAGUCACCCUCUGGUUUUGACAGAAAGUCUGGAGUUUGGAGGUCAAGAUCCCGCAGCAGAGAUAAGGAAAGGCUAAAGAGGUCAAGGUCAAAUAGUAGAGACAGGUCAAGGUCAAAAAGGUCUAGAUCACACAGCAGGGAUAGAGACAGGUCAAAGAGAAGCAGAGAUGAUGGGAGGGGUCAUAACACUGACAGGCGCCAUAGGAGAAGCAGUGAAAGACAACACAAAGAUGAUGAGAAACUGAGGAGAGAUGGUCGUGAUUGGGAGAGACGUCAUAGUCGAAGAUCAAGAUCUUUAUCCAGAGAAAGGCGCAGGCGCUCGCGAAGUCCAGAUGACUUGCGACUGACCAUUGAUAAAGCCAGACUGAGACAAAUUGCAAUACAAAAUGCCAUGGCAAAUGCAAAAUCCGGACAAGGACCUCCUGUCUCUCUAAAGCCAGAAAUGCUAGCUGAACUCAGAGCUGGAGGAAAGUCAGUUGAAGAACUAACAGACAUGUGCAAGCGGUUGGCCAAAAAGGCAGAGGGAGGUGGAGAAGAUUUAUCCAGUGAUUAUGAAGUUAAUAACAAACCCUAUGAAUCUGAUGAGGGAGAAGAUGGACCCUUCAUCAACCACCCCUUUAAAGUGGCAAAAGCUCCUAUUAUGAUGAAUAUUAAGAAUGCCACCCAGCUCCCUGUGUUGACCCCUGCUGAGAAAGCUGCCCAGGGUUCUGCCCUUAGACUGACUUUUCCAGUGUCCAGUGGCAGCCAUCACAGGGCCAAAGAGUCUGAGUGGGUCCCUGUAGAGAAAGAAGGCAUAGAUCCCAACACAGGGGGUGUCACCAGGACCAUUGCUAUGGCUAAACAAACAGAGAAAGUCUUUGAGGAAGUGAACAAGUCAAUAGAUGUUGGUUCUAUUGUAACUGAACGCCUGCGAGCUGUGAGAAAAUUGCAGGACAAUCCUCAUGAUGUGGAAGCUCUUGGGAAGAUGUUUGAAGCCAAUCAACAGAUGACACAGUGGGCCAAUUCCAAGUACCUUCCAGGUGCGUUCACUGGCACAACAGGAGCUACAGUGCUCAGUCAGCAGGAGUUAACAGGUGAUCCAAAAAAGCAGGCCUGGCUCAGGAAGGAUCACUUGUUACCUGCCAGCUAUACAGACACAACUGUUUGUGCCAGUGUAAUCUUACAUAUGCUCACGACCUGGGAGACCUAAGACUACUGUUUUGCUACUUCCUGUCAAGUGUGGGUAAGUUCUCAUUACAGAAACCAUCCAAUAGGAAACAGCACUUUGAAACAUUUUAUCAAGGUUCUGACUUCUCGGUGUUUCUGUGAUGAGAGUCGUGACUGAGGUGAUUUAGUUAACAAAAUGCUGAAAAUGACCCUGAAAUUUUCUUGAUUGUAUGACUAUAGGACAGUUUUGAAAAUCAAAUUACCCAAAAGUAGUAUUUUGGUUAAAAGUUAUCUUUAUGUGGAAUAACAGCUUUGUAAAAGAUUCUAAUCAGUACUAAAAUUUGUCUUAUUGCCAGAUCUUUUGUAUUCUGCCUAAAGCGUAAUUUUUUUAAUAAACAUAGCAUGAUAUUUUGUUUUUUUCAGUUGUGCUGUUAACAAAAAUUACAUUUGUAAAUUGUUUAAUUUGAAACGACUAUUCAAGAGAUUGCAUUUUAAAUGUUCCACCAUAUUCAACAUCCAGUCCUUUCCUUUCAUACUACACAUUAAAACAUGUCAUAUUACAAGUAUUAUGUUUUUGUAAAUGUUAAGAGUUGUUCACAUUUAUUCUUUGUAAAGUACAGAUAUCAUAAAUCUAAUGCAUAAUGAAAAAAUGAACACCUAUAAAAAAGACAAGAAGAAAACAUUUAACCUGGCAUUGAUUUAAUGUGUAUAUUGUAGAACCAGCUGGUGAAUGCCCUUCCACUACAGGGUGGGGUAGGGAUGCUAUUACUACGGAAGAUGGGCUGGAAGCCUGGAGAGGGCCUAGGGAA